AUGUUGGCAGCUUUGGUACCCGUAUCUGAGCUGGCAUCAGUCACUCCGCCUCCUCACAUCAAGCCCAGGUACAUCCAUUUCCUCACCCAACAUCGGGAUAACUCCAACACAAACACCGGAGGAACGUAUUGCAACAAGAUGAUGGAGAAACGAGGGCUGACUCAUCCAAACUGCAAGGAAAGGAACAGCUUCAUCCACGCCUCCGAUACGGACAUCAAAGCCGUGUGCGGGAAUCAAGGGGAGCCCUAUGGGACCCAGCGCCGGAGCUGCAAUAAAUUCCGUGUCACCACUUGCACCCUGAAAGGCGGCUCAACCCGUCCCCCUUGCAAGUACACACAUGACAACAGGCCUCGCUUUAUCGUCAUUGCUUGCGACGAAGGGUUCCCUGUCCAUUACGAUGAAGGCAAAGUCAUUGUAGUUGAGAAAUGGCCAUGCAAAAAGUAA